AGUGGUCAAACAAUCAUAAAGAGACGCAACACCAUCCAUGGGGAGAUAGCCACACGAUAUUUGGAGUUUUGAGGGGAAGAAGAAGUUAGAAGGAUGGGUGUAGAGUGGGGCGAACUACCUCCAGAACUCCUGGAAUCAAUCUCGAAAACCUUAACCAUCUACGUCGAUUACCUCAGAUUCCGUUCCGUUUGCCGCAGCUGGCGAUCCUCCGUUCCCAAAAUCCCUCUCCACCUUCCUCCCCAACUCCCAUGGCUCAUGCUAUCUCGCCGCGCCUUCUUCGACCUCUCCCUCAACAAAACCCAUCUCCUCAACCCUCAACCCUCUCACCGCACCCGAAUCUGCGGCUCCUCCCACGGCUGGCUCGUCAUGCUCGACGAAACCCCCCAAAUUCGCCUCCUGAACCCCCUCACGCGCGCCACGCGCCCCCUCCCUCCGCUUCACGCCUUCCCCAACGUCGUCGCCUUCGAUCACGCCAACGUCGGACGCGAGUACCUCAUCCAAAACCCUUACGGCGGCCUCUACGCCUUCAACUUGCGACAGAUGUGCAAUUCUUUCCUCGGAAAGGUUGUCUUGUCGGCGAGUCCCACAUUAAACGAUGAUUUCGCCGCGCUCGCUAUCGUCGGUCAGAAUAACUUGGCGUUCUGCAGAAACGGUUACGAUUCUUGGAUUUUCCUGAACGGAGAGGAAGAAGAGAUGAAUUGCUGGGAAGAUGUUGUGAAUUACAACGGCUUGUUUUUCGCGGUGAGUAAGGGAGGGACUAUUGCGGUGUGUGAUGCUGGAGAGGGUUGUUUUCCGCCUCGGGUGUCGAUAAUUCAGACGACGACGCCGUUUGGAUUCGCUGGGGAUAUCCACUAUGCGGUGUUUUCGGCGGGAGACAUGUUGCUGCUGAUACGUGUUCUGGAUCAGGACUUUUCCGAUCACGCGGGGGAGGAGUCGGAUUUGGUGUAUAGGACGGUGGGUUUUGAGGUUUUCAAGAUGAAUUGGGGGUUGCUGACGUGGCAGAGAGUUGAGACUUUGGGCGAGCGAGUGCUGUUUGUAGGUGGGAAUUCUUCGCUUUCGUUCUGUGCGUCUGAUUUUGUUGGGUGUUCUGCGGAUUGCAUCUAUUUCACCGACGAUUAUUCGGAGUCCAAUGACGACGAUGCGUGUGGGAAGCAUGAUUUGGGCGUAUUUAGGUUACGGGAUAAGAGCAUUGAACCGUUGCCAUGUUUUAAUCAAAAUUCCUGUUCUCGGCUUCGGUGGCCGCUACCAAUUUGGGUUUCGCCAAAUCCCUGUUGAUUUCAUUCUUUCAAUUUGUUAUAUUUUUAAAUGUAUGUGAUCAUGGAGACCAGCUUGGCUUAUUAUUUCUUGUAUGGUGUUUAUAAAUGUACAUUAUGCUAUGCAAACAUAGAGCUACUAUAUGAACUUCGAAUGUAGCUCAGAGAGAACGAGACAUGAAAGACUAGAAUCACCUCCCGCACUUGGUGUUCAAAGUCGUGACUAUUUUCUUCUUAUGGGGAAGUCUCAACAGGGAUCCGGAUUGAAGAGCAAGAUUGCACUGUACCAAAAGCUAUAUGUAGUAACCUGUUUACUAUGAAUUUGUAAUGGAUUUGACUACUUGGUGAAUUUGUUCUGGAAUUAGAUUGCGAAUUGCGAUA